AUGGGCGGAUUCAUCUCAGCUGGAGGGCUUCUCAUCAUGCUCUCGCAGUUCCAGAACGUUCUCGGCGUCAAGUUCGACUCGCAGGACUACCCCAAUGCACUAGCAGUUGGCUUGGCUUCGAUCGUCUACCUUCUUCCCAGAAAAGCAGCAGCCAGCGCCGCAGAACCUCCUCGAUCUAAAGCCGUACUGAUCGCCAACUUCCUCGCUCGUACACUAUGCGGCUUCGGACCUCUCGUCGUGUGUAUCUUUGGAGGCAUCGUCGGCUACAUCCUCGGCCCCAAGGCUCUUAAACUCACUGGCACUGUACCUGGUGGAUUCCCAGCGCCUGUUGUGCGUUGUAUCGCCAUGGCCAAGCGUCUUGCCAUCCAGCGUGGAGAAGAUGUCAAAACUGAACAGGAACUCACAGGUAUCGGUGUCGCCAGCCUCGUUUGCGGGUUCUUCCAGGAUAUGCCUCCUACUGGAGGGAUGCCUGCAGAACGCACACACACAACGUGCCUCUCUCAUCACCACACUCAUCAAGCUAAGUGGCUCUAUCAUGUCAAAUGCGACGAGUUCUUCGUCUGGACUGCGUCGUUCGUCCUCACACUUGGAUUGGUAGUGAUUUUAGGAGAACUGGAGAACGGCGGUCUUGUUGACCGUGAUGUGUUUCCAGAUGCACAGGAAAUGAACGGUAUCGUCGUGGUGCUUGUCGAGAGCUCGCUGUACUUAGCCAACUGUGAACGUGUCGAACGGGAGAUGGCUCACCUGGCCAAACAGAACGUUACAACUCGAGGCGUCGUACUGGAUGCUUACCACAUGAGCGACAUGGACGCCACUAAGAUCCAACGGAACCCCCAGUAUGAUGCCAUCCGCCUACUCCGUGCGACGACCUUGGAAUCGGAGGUCGAGCACGUUUAG